CCCCACCACCACCACCACUCACUGCUGUAGUCAUGGCGCUGGCGGACGUGUGCGGCUACCGUGAGUGUGCAGAAAGCCUGCCGGGCCUCGGGGCUCGCGGCGGGAACCGUGGCAUGCAGCUCCACGAGCUCGACAUUGGCUGUUUCUCGGAGCCGCGCUUCGCCGUGCCGCCCGGGGAGGACCCUGUGGAAUUCUUGCGGCCCUUCGCGUCGGGCGAGAGCGACGUGAAGAUCCAGUUCCAACACGGCACCACCACCCUGGCCUUCAAGUUCCAGCACGGCGUCAUCGUGGCCGUCGACUCGCGAGCCACCGCGGGCUCCUACAUCGCUUCACAGACUGUGAAGAAGGUGAUUGAGAUUAAUCCAUACCUCUUGGGCACCAUGGCUGGAGGAGCAGCUGACUGCAUGUACUGGGAGCGAGUCCUUGCCAAGCAGUGCAGGAUCUACGAGUUAAGGAACAAGGAGCGCAUCUCUGUGGCAGCUGCUUCCAAGCUGCUGGCAAACAUGGUUUACCAGUACAAAGGCAUGGGCCUCUCCAUGGGCACCAUGAUCUGUGGCUGGGACAAGAAGGGUCCGGGUCUGUACUACGUGGACGAUGAGGGUAUGCGCCUGCCAGGCUCGAUGUUUGCGGUGGGCUCUGGCUCGCCGUACGCCUUUGGUGUUCUGGACAGCGGUUACCGCGAGGACCUGACCAAGGAAGAGGCCUACGACCUGGGUCGGCGUGCCAUCGCUAGCGCCACUCACCGUGAUGCCUAUUCUGGUGGCGUCGUAAACUUGUAUCACAUGUGUCAGACUGGCUGGAUUAAGGUUUCUCAAGAUGACGUCAGUGAACUGCAGUACAAGUUCCGCGAACAGAAGUGAUGGAGACCAGCGCGUUUGGACCCCCGUUCCGAGCCCACCCUUGUGCAUAACAACGCGCAGAUUCACGGCUGGGAUGUCCGUGUGUAAAGAUUGGUUAACGCUCCGCGAUUUGUGAGUUCUUGUGGCUGCUGGUUGCUGGUGUUGUAUCGAUGGAAUGUCAUUUUUUUUUACUUUAAUCCUUAACCUUUUUUGGAAUAGCAACAUUUCUGUCACGAGUUUGAGCAACAAUGGAAUAGCUAAGCGUUGUCAAAAUAACAUUGAAUAUUUAAGAAUGGCAUUUGAUCACUUGUUUAGUUACCAGUUUUGUUGACAAGAAACUACUUCUAAAUAAACAAUUCAACACUUGUCA